AUGGAUUCAUCUGCCGAGUUAAUUGCCACGACUCAUCCGACGAAGGAUCGAAAAAUAACAUGGCUGAUUCUCUGUAUAUUUUUCAUUGCUUUAUUGGUUGCUUACUAUUAUUAUACCCCAAAGUUGACAUUUUCUCUACCAAAUCUACAUGCAACUAUAGUACAAAAUUUGUGUUCAAACAAUGGUACGGAUACCGGAUGGAUAUCUCCGUCGCUAUACACAGAAAUGGACUCAUAUUUACAAUCCAUUAAAUUAGCCCAAGCAAAUCUCUCUAAAAUAUUACGCGCUGCUCACGGAAAAUAUACAAUAGAUCCAUUUAAACGAGAUUAUAUUCAAUGGAUAAAACAGAACGAUUCUUACAAUUACCCAUAUUCAUCUUGGAAAUGUACAAAUACAUCGAGUAAAGAUCCUGACAGUCGUGAAUAUUGUACGCUGAUCAAUAUCUAUUUCUUAUCCAUCAACAACACUUACUAUUACUAUCGUGAUCCAUCUGAAAACAAGGCAAACAGUCGAGAUCGAUUCAUGGGUUCUCAUGGUGAAGUUCGAAUUAACAUUCUUGAUAAUAUAGCUGCAAUAAAACAAUUUGGUGUUUCAGCUAUUUUAACAAAACCUAUGCAUGUAGGUGGAGCACCCGAUAUGAAUUAUGCUCAUGGGUUUCUCGAAAGAUGUGGUCCUCUCUUUUGGGUUCUUGCCGAAUAUCAAUCUCAUCCAUCGUAUAUUGAUCCAAGUAAUCUUCAAAUAUUUUAUUCGUCUAACAUGCAUACCGAUCAUAGUAAUAAUUUAUGGCAAUCUAUGAAACGACUUUCUGAUGGAACCUAUGAACAUGCAUCCCGAUGGAAUAAAGUAAUCUACGCAAUGUUCUCUAUUUAUCCAUUAUUAACGUAUCAAAGUUUUAAUAAAACAACACUUAUGUUCAAACAUAUGGUUUUCACUGGGUUGCCGUGGAAGCGAUCAGCAGCAUGGGGUAUUUAUUAUUCAGGAGAAAGACCCCUAAACUAUUAUCCAUUUAAUAUGCAAGAUUAUCGACGAGCCUAUUUAGCAUUUUCUGAAUGGAUCUUAAAUAAUUUUGAACUCCCUUCCAAAUUUGAAUUAACACCCAUCCAAAAGAGAUUACAAGAGACGCGUAAAUCAGAACAAGUAUUCAUAUGUAAUGGACUUUGUCAAAAUCAACCUAUUGGCAUACAAUCAAAAGAAACUACAUUUACUGGAGAUUGGAUUGUUGUUUUGAAUCGAGCUGGUGCCGGUCGUCGAGAAAUAAGCAAUGCUAACAAACUAGUAGAAGGCCUUUUGGCAGCAUUUCCCGAUCAGACAAAUCCUUAUUUACGUGUUUGGCCACGACAAUUUAAUUUCGAUGAUAAUCUCUAUGAAACAGCACGUAUGGCUCGAUCAACUCGUGUUCUUAUUGGAACCCAUGGCGCUGGUUUAUCGAAUACUAUUUUCAUGAGACCAGGUACGAUCCUUUAUGAAAUCAAUCCCCCGGGUUGCCGUAUGCUGUCAUUUAAUUUUCGACGCUGGGCUGAGGUAUUCAAUUUGCAACAUGCCCUAUGGACUCCUGGAGAUACGAAUGAUCAAUGUUCACGUGACGCAUCAACUACUGUACGUGUAGAUGAAAUUGUUAAUGAUGUGAUUAAUUUGGUUCACAAUGAAAAUCGCUAUCGAAGUGGUUAUUUAUCACGAGCACUCGACAUUCUUGUAAAAACAUGA